CGGAUAAAUCGUCACACAUGUAAACACAAGCGUGGAAGGAGCAACUUUUAGUUUGAGCUAUACACGAGAGCCGUAUUCAUUUAUAUUAGUGCAAGAAAUCUCAACCGAGGUAUUGUGGAUUAAGGCGAUAAGUGACCAAAGGAGUGCCUUAUUUUACUUGAUUUCUAAUUUAGCUACGUUGCUAACAGCUUCUUCUACUACUAGAGCUAGUUAGCAUCGCGUUGGUUAGCCAGAAACCACGUGUAUAAAUAUUAGAAAUGUUUCCAUAGGAACGCAACAAAUUAACGUUUCUGAAAGAAACACUCAGAACAGUGCAGUUUUAAAUCUAUAUGAGCAGGUUAUUAGUAAAAAAUGUUGCGAUGAACGAGCCAUUAGCCGCCGGUAUGUGACUGCAGUUCAGAUAGCGGGCGUUAGGUGGUGCUGUUCAGCUGCAGCGUUGGGUCAUACUAUGGACGGCGCUAAGGAAAAUGAAGUUGGUGGUGGUGAGGAAGCUGCCGAAGACGACCUCUUCUUCAUUGGGGACUCCAGUAGUUCAGAAGGAGAAAUUAAUUUCAGCCACCAGCACAAUGACAUGAGCUGCAAGCAAGCCACAAGACUCAGGAGGGAAAGCUCUCCACCUCUUCUCCUGGCCUUCUCCGUCCACUCAGCAAGAUCUCUGCAGGACACCAGCCUGUCCUCCAGUGAUGACUCACAGGAGGACGACGAGGAGGACGGUGACCAACCCAUUGAGGAGUGGAUGAUCCUGGAGGAAGAGGAGCAGGUGGGGGACUCGAGCAUCCAGCUCAACCUGAGCUACGGGAACAGCUCCGAGGAUGACUCUGGAGAUGAAGAUACAGAUAGAACUGACAAGAAUGUGAAACCAUUAAAAGAUAUCUGGGAUGUAUCAGACAAAGACAAGUACGGUGCCUAUCAGUCUCUGACCAGCCGCUAUUUCGCGCCCGGCCGCUUGACGAUCUGUCACGUCUGCAACAGGACAGGACACCUGGCCAAAAGCUGCUACUUCCAAAAACAGAAAUGUCCCACGUGUGUCCUUUGUGGGAUCCAGGGCCACAUCCGGAGGGACUGCCCGGGCCGCCCCUGCUCUAGCUGUGGACUGCCUUUCCAUGGCCUCAGGCCCUGUGAAAUGCCUCCAGUGUGGAACCAGCACUGCCAGCGCUGUGGGAUUACAGGACACCUUUCUGACGCCUGCCCCGACACAUGGAGACAGUACCACUUGACAAUCAGGUUAGAGGUUCCCCUCAGGCCACAGAUUGUGCCCAACGUCAACCACAAGAGAUUCCAUGCUCAUUGUUACAACUGCUCUAAAAAGGGACAUUUUUGGCAGGAGUGCACUAGCAGGAGGAUGGUCAGUGGCACUUUCCCUUCAGUGCCUUAUGUUUGCUGCUAUGACACCGUGCAGGACAUUCUCCAACGUCGUACCAAGAAAGGAGUCAAAGAGAUUAAGAGUCCUAGACCGCCGCCCCCUUCAGAUACGGACCAGUUGUCUGAAAAAACAGGGGAGAGUGGUGAGGACAAGGAAAGGAGCAAGACAAAGCAGGAGACAUGGAGUACCAGAGCUGGCAGGAGGAAGACGUGGCCAGAGAGGCGCAGGGAGAGACGUGAGGUGAAGCGACUGAGGAGGGAGGCCCAGGCCAUGCGAGAAGGGAGCCUACUGGGGAGAACUCGAGGUGACUCUGAUGAUGAAGGCCGCCACGCAGAUCCCCUAAGACACCGCCUGCACAAACAGUGCACCCCCCCUCCACAAAAGAAGAAGAGGGAAGAGACAGGUGCCAGAAAGAGCAAGAAAAGCAGAGAGGCAGAGAGGUGGAAGAAAAGAGGUGGGACAAAACGUGGGGAUUUGUAUCCCCAUGGUGACGUGGGCAUAGGAAAUGAAAAUCUUCUUUCUCCAAGACAAAGAGUACGCCACAGAAGAAGAUGAUGUGUCUUUUCUAAAUGUUUUUUUAAUUUACUGAUUUAAAAAGUGUCAUUGUUCCUUGA